GCUCCCCUGCUCAUCCAUGGUUUUCACUUUCAAUUUGGCAAAACUCUCAUUCCAGAACCACCCUGUGCCGAAGCCGUUGUUAGCGAGCGUUUGGAGAAGGAAUGCCAGUGGCAGUGGCAGUGCCAGAGACCGAGUGAUAGAUUUUGGGAAGCACAAGGGCAAAAUGCUUGGAGCCCUACCUUCGAGCUAUCUGAAAUGGGUGUCGAAAAAUCUGAGAGCGCGGGAGUUUGAAGAGUGGGCAAUUCUUGCGGACCAAGUUCUUGAGGACCCUGUGUACCAGGACCGCAUCCAGUGGGAGUUCGCCCACAACGUUCUGAGCGGCACCAACGCCCGGACCCGGGCGACCGGCGACGGCGUGGUUUCUGAGUUGUUGGAGAUAAGUGAGAGGUUCGGAUGGUAUUGGGAUUGGGACAAAGCCGGUUGGAGAAACGUCAACUUUGAGCUCUUGGGAACCUCUAAUGGUGGAAGAAUCCCACGAAUCAACAACUCUGAAUCUGAAUCGAAUAUGAAGAUGCAAACGCAGAACAUCCAAAUCCAAGGCGGGAGUGGGAGGAGGAGGGAGAGAAGGGAUCGGCUUAGGCUGAAGAGAGAAGCAUCCAAAUCCAAAUCCAAAUCCAAGGGAGCGAUGGACAAAACUGAUAUCAGAUCCACUCCUCAGUCUCUAUAUGCUCCAACCAACAAUCCCAACAUUACAAAUCCUUUUCCUGGGCGUCAAGCUCUACUAAACUACGCUACUCCACACUCUCAACCUUCUUCUUAAUAAUUUGUUUCUGUUCUUCAUCUAUUAAGCUAUAACAAUGUAAUGUAUAUUAUGAUGUAGUUUAGAACUAGAAUCAGCUUUGAAAUUGAACCAGAAUGUGCUUGGCUUUUC